AUGAGGACUAUGAGGAAAUGCGCUUCGCUACUCACUCUCAAAGAGUUGAUUCUCGUCGGAAAGCUACAGAAAAUCCUUCGCAGGCGCAGUCCAUUAACACGCCGCCUAAGCAGCGCAGGCGAGAAGGUCGACCCUCGCAGAUCAACGAGGAAGUCAAUCAGCAUCGCCCAAACCGUAAAGGUUGCCAACGAGAUUGACUAG